UUGGCACAAGUCACAAAGUUUAUCUACAUCACGUCCGUGUGUUCCGUUUCAGUCGAGUUUUUGAAUUCUUCGAAUUAUAAAGAGAGAAAAAAAUGAAGGGAUUUUUCAACUUCAGUUGCUUGAAAAGCACCGAAGCUUAAGCAUAUUAAACGCUUUUUUUAAAUUAAAAAAAAAUGAAAACUUCAUCACCUCACAUCGAUGAUGAUAUCAUCAAAUUGAAAUUAAAAAAGCCAAAAAGAUGGAAUUGGGAGCUAACAGCCUCUAAAUCAGCGCCGAAUAUAUCGCUUCCAAUCAUACAUUUAUACGAUUCGAAAGGAAAAUUAUUGGUGGAUACAAAAGAAAAUGAUUCCUCGGGUAAAAAUAGUUGGAGAAGUUCCGAGUUAAAAAAAUCGAUACAAAAAUCAAAAAGCGACGUUAAUUUCCAACAAAGAAGUGUGAGUAUAUCGGCUCCUUACAAACCGUUAGAUCGUUAUAGAAUAAACAAUAAAAAAUCUUCAAACGAUUUAUACGAUAAAUUAAAAUUGAACAAUGAAUAUUUAAGAUCAUCAAAUGAAAGCGUUAAGAGAGCCGUAAAAGAUGGAUUUGAUAAUUUCUUAAAAUUAAAAUUAACACCUGAUAAUAAUAACAACAAUAAUUUCCCAGCAAGCACGAAAAAAUCGAUCCUAAAGAAUCAUCACUCAACCGAAAAUCAAAACUUAUUAAAACCGGAAAUAAAUCGCGUAAAACAUAGCAGAUACAUAACAAGAACUUGUAGUGCGGGCACGUUGGUAAUAAGAGAAGAGUCGUUCAGUAACCCGAUUCUGAGAAGGAGGAAAAAAUGUGAAAAUAGUGAUGACUUUAUUAAUGAAUCAAAUAGAUUUCAUUUAGUUCAUGCUAAAAGUGAUGUGCUUCCAUUCCAAAAGUCUAAUAAAGUUAGUUUCGAUUCGGAUAAAACGCGGAAAGUUUUAUUAAAACGAAAAAGUGGAAGUAGAAAUAAAUCGAGUUCUUCAAGUUCGGAUUGCGAAAAAAAUAAUAACCAAACCAGAGUCAUUAAGGAGCACACGAGAUCUCGUACUGGACAAGGAGAUGGAGAUCUGCUACGUUUAGUUCAGCGGAUCUCCAAAGAGGCCAACAACAAUGCCCCCAAAAUGGGGGCUAACGUGAGCAGGCACUCCGCUAAAGGACUGUCCGGCAGAAGAACCCAGUCUAGCGGUAGCAUUUGCAACGGAAAGGGAAGUAGUACUAGGCAUGGUGACGCGAAGAUCUGCGGAAGCUUGCCUAGUUAUUUAGACGACGGGGGAAUCAAUAAUAAUCAAAGAGAUUGUGAAAAAUUAGAAGACGAAAGAAUACCGCCUUUAGGAGACGGUGCCCCAUUACAUUGGAAAUUUUCGGACAACCAAACAGCCCUGUGCGAUCAAGGUUAUGGCUCGGAAAGGAGCCCAGAAGAAGAAUAUCCACCACCUCUACCGGAACAUGAUAAUCAGUGUCACCAUCACUUGGAGUUACACUCGUGUUAUCCUUUUAUAACGCCAGAAAGCACUUUCACGGUGUCGCUGUCAAAAGGAUCUCGAGGUUUGGGGUUGAGCGUGACCGGAGGCGUGGACAGCGGGGGUUCUUGGCCGGGGUUAAUACGUGUCAAGAGGUUAUUUCCUCAUCAGCCAGCAUCUUCAAGCGAAAUGCUCAACGUUGGUGAUUUGAUUUUAGAAGUUAAUGGAAUUACACUUACUGGACUUACUAAUUAUGAAGCUUUAGAAGUUUUAAGGACAGCUCCGAAUCAAGUCGAAUUAAAAAUGUGUCGGCCACCUCCCGAUGUUUUAAGUUGCGUUAGUCCAAUUUCGGAAGUUCCUCCACCUCCUCCAAGAAGAGAACCACCGACGAGUUUAAAUUUAGCUUCGUGUUCUGAUGAUGAGCAUUGCCAUGGGGAAUUUGANAUACAUUGA